AUCAGAGUGUGCAGCACUGUGCAGAUCAGAGUGUGCAGCACUGUGCAGAUCAGAGUGUGCAGCACUGUGCAGAUCAGAGUGUGCAGCACUGUGCAGAUCAGAGUGUGCAGCACUGUGCAGAUCAGAGUGUGCAGCACUGUGCAGAUCAGAGUGUGCAGCACUGUGCAGAUCAGAGUGUGCAGCACUGUGCAGAUCAGAGUGUGCAGCACUGUGCAGAUCAGAGUGUGCAGCACUGUGCAGAUCAGAGUGUGCAGCACUGUGCAGAUCAGAGUGUGCAGCACUGUGCAGAUCAGAGUGUGCAGCACUGUGCAGAUCAGAGUGUGCAGCACUGUGCAGAUCAGAGUGUGCAGCACUGUGCAGCCAAGUCUCUGUAUUUGUUGGGGGUAUUUUUUUAGGAUCCCCAUUUAGCUGUUGCAAAAAAACAGCAGCUACUCUUCCUGGGGUCCACACAAAACAUGAAACAUGACAUAAUACAGAACAUUGAUAGAUAAGAACAGCUCAAGGACAGAACUAAAAAGGCAGACGUGGCCAACAUAUCAAUACAUACACACAAACUAUCUAGGUCAGAUAGAGGAGAGGCCUUGUGCUGUGAGGUGUUGCUUUAUCUGUUUUUUUGAAACCAGGUUUGCUGUUUAUUUGAGCAAUAUGAGAUGGAAUGGAGUUCCAUGCAAUAAUGGCUCUAUAUAAUACUGUACGCUUUCUUGAAUUUAUUCUGUAUUUGGGAACUGUGAAAAGACCCCUGGUGGCACGUCUGGUGGGGGAAGUGUGUGUGUGUGUCAGGGCUGUGAAAAGACCCCUGGUGGCACAUCUGGUGGGGGAAGUGUGUGUGUGUCAGGGCUGUGAAAAGACCCCUGGUGGCACAUCUGGUGGGGGAAGUGUGUGUGUGUGUGUGUGUGUGUGUGUGUGUGUGUGUGUGUGUGUGUGUAAGUUGACUAUGCAAACAAUUUGGGAUUUUCAACACAUAAAUGUUUCUUAUAAAAAGAAGUGAUGCAGUCAGUCUCUCCUCAACUCUUAGCCAAGAGAGACUGGUAUGAAUAGUAUUUAUAUCAGCCCUCUGAUUACAAUGAAGAGCAAGAUGUGCUGCUCUGUUCUGGGCCAGCUGCAGCUUUUAACUAGGUCUUUCCUUGCAGCACUGGACCACACGACUUGACAAUAAUCAAGAUUAGACAAAACUAGAGCCUGCAGAACUUGCUUUUUGGAGUGUGGUGUCAAAUGCAGAGCAUCUCUUUAUUACGGACUGACCUCUACGCCAAGUAAUUUAGUCUCCUCAACUUGUUCAACAGCCACACCAUUCAUUACCAGAUUCAGCUGAGGUCUAGAGCUUGGGGAAUGAUUUGUACCAAAUACAAUGCUCUUAGUUUUAGAGACGUUCAGGACCAGUUUAUUACUGGCCACCCAUUCCAAAACAGACUGCAACUGUUAAGGGUUUCAGUGACUUCAUUAGCUGUGGUUGCUGAUGCGUAUAUGGUUUAAUCAUCAGCAUACAUGGACACAUGCUUUGUUUAAUGCCAGUGGCAGGUCAUUGGUAAAAAUAGAAAAGAGUAGAGGGCCUUGAGAGCUGCCCUUCGGUACACCACACUUUACAUGUUUGACAUUAGAGAAGCUUCCAUUAAAGAAAACCCUUUGAGUUCUAUUAGAUAGCUCUGAAUCCACAAUAUGGCAGAGGUUGAAAAGCCAUAACGCAUACUUUUUUCCAACAGGUUAUGGUCAAUAACAUCAACGGCUGCACUGAAAUCUAACAGUACAGCUCCCACAAUCUUCUUAUUAUCAAUUUCUUUCAACCAAUCAUCAGUCAUUUGUGUCAGUGCAGUACAUGUUGAGUGCCCUUCUCUAUAAGCAUGCUGAAAGUCUUGUUAAUUUGUUUACAGAAAAAUUGCAUUGAAUUUGUAAAAAAAAAAAAAUAUAUUGAGUGGAUGGUCGCCCAGAACAUCAUUAUAAAUAAUUUGUAUGCUACAAAUUGACCCGCAAGAAGCCCAAGCAGAUAUAAUUGAGUAAAACCUAAUCAAUUCAAACCUUACAUUUAUAUACGAUCACAUCUCUCUACUAUGCGUGGGAAUACAUGGGAACAGAUUUCCAAAAUUAAAAUCACUUGGAGCUGAUUUCCUGGUGUUUUUAUAGUCUUUUUAUAGUCAAGUUUGAAUUGAUUAGGUUUUACUCAAAUAUAUCUGCUUGGGCUUCUUGCGGGUCAAUUUGCAGCAUACAAAUUAUUUAUAAUUAUGUGUAUAUAUAUAUAUAUCAUUUUUUUUUCUCUUGAAAACCUUGGGGGGCCAAAUAUAAUAUUUAUGAUAUUUUUGCUCACAAAACUUGGGGGGCCAAAGUCCACAAGACUGUCUGUUGGCUAGCUGCUCUCCAAGGGGCUGUGUACGUAGUUAAACCAGUCCGGCAUGACCAGAGACAGUUUUUCCAGAUGAAACGGUGAACACAUUUGCCUUUAGAGACUGUCCUGAGACCUGUUUAUCCAGAGCAUGUGUAUAUCUCCCAGAAAUGUCAUCUUCCUCCGUCCCUUAUUUGAUCAGAACAUAGAUCAUUUAAUACAUGGACUGUUAGUAUUUCCCCCUGAAUGUUUGUUUGUGCUGCCGACAUGCCUGCUUUCCCUUAUUUUGACACACAUACAGCCUUGUCAAAAUGAAUCUUUCACCUCCUUUUUUUAAUUCAGUCCUAAACAUCCACUGACCUCUUCCCACCCCCAGGUGCUGGCCACAGGCCUGAGUGCUCUCUACUCCUCCCUGCCGAGGAAGAUCGAGGUACGGGGCGAUGACUGGCACGCUCUGCGGAGGGAGGACUGGAUGGGCGUUUCCUCUCUGGUGCUCUUCAUGAACUCUCUGGAGUUCUGUAAUGCUGUCAUUCAGGUGUCACACCCACUGGUGCGCAGCCAGCUGGUCGACUACGUACACAACGGCUUCCUGGUCCCCGUCAUGGGACCCGCCCUACACAAGGUAGGGGGGGGGGGGGGGGACUCUCUGAUUGGCUAGCCUGAGCGUCACUCUCGCUGGUUGAUUGAUUGAUAGAAUUGAUUAGAUAAUUAAAAGUAGGAGCUACUAGGCUGCUCCAGCCGGCGACGACGCUCAGUAUUCAAAAUGUGAUGUUAUUACUCUUCUCUUUUAAAACGUGUCGUUUUGGCUGCCAACAUCCAAAUUAUUUUUUUAAUAUUUACCCUCCCUCCCUCUUUCCAGUCAUCUGUAGAUGAGAUGAUAGCCAGUACAGCCUACCUGGAUCUGUUCCUGCGCAGCAUCACGGAAACGGCUCUCCUUAAAACCUUCCUGCGCUUCAUCCUCAUGCAUCGCCAUGACAACGACACCAUCCUGGACACGUUGCUAACGCGCAUCAGCAGCAACUCAAGGGUCAGUACUAUAGUAUUGAGGGGGGUGGGUGUACAGUGCUGAGGGUCCUCUGGGAGGGAGAGGGAGAAUUUUACAUUUUAGUCAUUUAGCAGACAAUCUUAUCUAAAGCGACUUACAGUUAGUGUCAUCAAAAGGCAGCUGGGUGAGACAACCGCAUACAAUAUCGGCUGUAGUAAGUAAAAUGAAUUUAAAAAAAGUUAAUGUAGGAAAUGGGGCCCGAACGCAGAUAUAUAUAUUGCAAGCACGUAUUUGGCUUCCGUCCUGUGACUGGUUCUCUCUCUACCCUGCAGCUCAUGUUGUUCUGGUGUCUGUCUGUCCCACAGCUGUGUAUGGUGUCUCUACCUGUGGCUAAUGUUCUGGUGUCUGUGUCUGUCCCACAGCUGUGUAUGGUGUCUCUACCUGUGGCUAAUGUUCUGGUGUCUGUGUCUGUCCCACAGCUGUGUAUGGUGUCUCUACCUGUGGCUAAUGUUCUGGUGUCUGUGUCUGUCCCACAGCUGUGUAUGGUGUCUCUACCUGUGGCUAAUGUUCUGGUGUCUGUUUCUGUCCCACAGCUGUGUAUGGUGUCUCUGAGCCUAUUCAAGACUCUGCUCUCUCUCAACUGUGAAGACCUCAUGUUGCAGCUCGUUCUCAGGUAGAAGCUGUUACAUUCUCAUUAGUAGCAGUAUAGUAACAGUGUAUUGUUGUCCUACAGCAAAUUAAAAUUACAUGAAAUCUAUUAUUAUUAUUAUUAUUAUUAUUAUUAUUAUUAUUAUUAUUAUUAUUAUUAUUAUUAUGACAGGUAUCUGCUGCCCUGUACCCAUGUGAUGUUGAGUCAGAGGCGUGCCGUCAGGGAGACAGAUCUCUAUGGUAAAUCAGCUGACAAGUUCCUGUCCCUCAUCCCAGACUGCUGCCGCCUUAGCACACUGCCCUCUGCUGAGCAGGAGGAAGAACCCGCCCUUUGGGGGAAAGGUAACUGACGGACAGGCCACUAACCAUGGUUUCUACUGAUCAUUUCACUCAUUCAGUCUUAUCCAGAGCAACCUACAAUGUACCUUUUCAAUGCACAAUACAAGCAUACAUUUGUUGUGUAAACCGUGGUGUUGUGUUAAAGAUUUGGACAGAGUUGACCUUCAGUUUUAACUAUAAGUGCACAUUAUAAAGUAUUAUGGAGAUUGGUUUUGAUCAAUGUUUCAAAUAUAUACACUGAACAAAAAUAUAAACGCAACAUGUAAAGUUUGUUUUUAGAGAAUUUGGCAGUACGUCCAACCGGCCUCACAACCGCAGACCAAGUGUAACCAAACCAGCCCAGUACUGCCACAUCCAGCUGCUUCACCGUCUGAGGUGGAGGGCUGAGGAGUAUUUCUGUCUGAAGUAAAGCCCUUUUCUGGGGGAAAAACUCAUUCUGAUUGGCUGGGCCUGGCUCCCCAGUGGGUGGGCCUAUGCCCUUCAAGGCCCACCCAUGGCUGCUCCCCUGCCCAGUCAUGUGAAAUCCAUAGAUUAGGGCCUAAAGAAUUUAUUUAUAUUGGCUGAUUUCCUUAUAUGAACUCAGUUAAAUCUUGGAAAUUGUUGCAUGUUGCGUUGAUAUUUUUGUUCAGUAUAAGUAGUGAUUCACAAACAAAAGAUGUGUUGUGCAAAUAUAGAAUGUAACUUUUUCAAGGGAAACUUUGGGAUUUUGGCAAUGAGGCCCUUUCUCUACUUCCCCAGUCAGAUCAUCUUGUGGAAACCAUUUUCAUUACUCUGCAUGCAGAUUGAAAGAAGUUUCUAACUAACACAAGUGGUCAAAUAUGUUUUUGUGAAUGUGACAACAUUUGUGACUCCGCAGAUUACAUUUGUGAGUUGCGUUUUACAGGUCAGUUGGUGCAGAUUUAAGAUACAGAAUCCAGAUUAGGACAUCCUCAGUUUUCAUAAAAAUAUGAGAAAUGGGUACACUCAGCAGCCAGUUCAUUAGGUACACCCAUCUAGUACCGGGUCGGACCAUCCUGUAGCCAUGAAGGGAUGCACCUGGUCAGCAACAAUGUUUUAGAUACGCUGUGGCGUUUAAACGUUGCUCAAUUGGUAUCAAGGGACUUAACGUGUGCCAGCAAAACAUUACACCACCACCACCAGCCUUGUACCAUUGAAACCAAGCAGGAUUGGGCCAUGGACUCAUGCCGCUUAUGCCAAAUCCUGACUCUGCCAUCAGCAUGACGCAACAGGAACUGUGAUUCGUCGAACCAGGCAAUGUUUUUCCACUCCUCAAUUGUCCAGUGUUGGCGAUUGCGUGCCCACUGGAGACUCUUCUUAGCUGAUAGGAGUAGAACCCGGUGUGGUCGUCUGCUGCAAUAGCCCAUCCAUGACAAUGAUCGACGAGAUGUGCGUUCCGAGAUGCCGUUCUGCACACAACUGUUGUACUGCGCUGUUAUUUGCCUGUUUGUGGUCCGCCUGUUAGCUUGCACCAUUCUUGCCGUUCUCCUUUUGACCUCUGUCAUCAACAAGCUGUUUUUUGCAGCUGACUGGAAGUUUCUUUGUUUUGUUUGUCGCACCGUUCUCGUUAAACCCUAGACAAGUCCAAGAGGCCGGACGUUUCUGAGAUACUGGAACCGGCGAUCAUACCACGUUCAAAGUUGCUUAAGGUCACUAGUGUUGCCCAUUCUAAAGUGACUCACUGUCGGUAGGAGCUAACCAUUUUCGUGAAGGGGCUGGUGUGUCUAAUUAACUGGCCAUUUGAAUGUGUAUCACAAUUACUUUUAGAAAUGGAUCUGUUUGGUAUCUUAGCUUCCUUUCCUAGCUUAAUUUCCUUCUUUCUUAGCUUUCUUUCCUUGAUCCCUUUCCUUCGUUUCCUCCCCUCCUUUACUUAUCUCUUUCCUUUCUUCCUAUCCAAGCUUCCUUUCCUCCAUUCCUUGCUCCCUUUCCUUCCCUGACUUCCUCUCCUCCUUUCCUAGCUUCCUUUCCUCCAUCCCUUGCUCCCUUUCCUCCAUCCCUUGCUCCCUUUCCUCCAUCCCUUGCUCCCUUUCCUUCCCUGACUGCCUCUCCUCCUUUCCUAGCUUCCUUAUCUCCGAUCCUUGAUCCCUUUCCUUCUUUUCGUCCACUCCUUUCCCUAGCUCUCUUUCCUUCUAUCCUUUCCUCCUAGUCAUCUUCCUUUCCUCCUUUUCAUGCUCCCUUUACUUCCCUAGUUCCCUUCCCUCUCCCCCUUUUCUAGACCCUUCUCUCCCUUUUCUAGACCCCUCUCCCCCUUUUCUAGUGUUAUUUCCUUAUUCCCUUUAUUUCCUAACUUAUUUUCUUAUUUUUUCCUAGUUUCCUUUCCUAGCUACCUUGUCUCCUAUCCUUUCCUAGCUACUUUUCCUUGGUCUUACCAUCUUCCAUUCCUCCUUUCCUAGCUUCCUUUCCUCUCCUCCUUUCCUAGCUUCCUUUCCUCUCCUCCUUUUCUAGAUGAAUUGUCUUUCUUCCAUCCUUUCCUCCCCUCCUUUCCUAGCUCUCUUUCCUUCUAUCCUUUCCUAGCUUCCAUUCCUCCUUUCCUUGCUCUUUCCUUCUCUAGCUUCCUUUCCUUGCUCUCUUUCCUUCCCUAGCUUCCUUUCCUCUCCUCCUUUCCUAUAUACUUUUAUUCCUUUCCUCCUUUCUUUCCUAGAUCCCUUUCCUCCUUUCCCAGCUUCCUUUCCUCACUACUGCAGUAGUGACUUUGGGCAUUCUACACUACUGCUACUAUUAGUCAUUAUAAAAAUGUGAGCUGAUGCGUCUGCUUGGCACUCAGCAUUAAGAAGAUGGAUUGUGGGUAAAGCCUUACGACAGAUUAGCGUUCUGUUCAGGGGGUGUACUUGUACAUCAAGCUGCCUCACGCUACAGAAUCAGGAGAUUGGCUCCUCCCCCUAAAUCCGUUCUGGCCCUCAUUUCCCUGCAAUUCUACACAUUUCAUUUUCUCAUGUGGCAGAGAGAAAAAUGUGCAGUUUUUAUAGUUUGUCAUUCUAAUCUGCACAUUUUACCAUGAGGCUGAGUUUUUAUUUUUAGCUAAUUUCCUGUAAUUCUACAUAUUAACUGGGGGGGUGCGUGCUGGCUGGCCAUCUGGGGGGGAGGGGUGCUGGCUUGCUGUCCAUCUGGGGGGGCUGGCCAUCUGGGGGGGGCUGGCCAUCUGGGGGGGGCUGGCAGCUGGAGGGGGGGCUGUCUGGCCAUCUGGAGGGGGGCUGUCUGGCCGGCUGGAGGGGGGUGCUUGCUGGCUAUCUGGAGGGGGGGGGGCUUGCUGGCUAUCUGGAGGGGGCUAGCAAAAAAUCAAUCCCAUAAAAUAAUUGUGGGCAAGCUUGAGAAAUCAUCCUCAUCACACCCUGGAUACAAAGGAUCAUGGGUGCACUAACCGUAUUAUCACUGCAAGACAACCUGUCCCUCUUCAAGUCCCCCUUCAGAGACCAGUGACCUGCCUGCCAAGGACCGGCGUAAGGCAGGUCACCCAUAGUACACACACGCUCUCUAUUACCUCACACACACACGCUCUCUAUUACCUCACACACACGCGCUCUCUAUUACCUCACACACACACGCUCUCUAUUACCUCACACACACACGCUCUCUAUUACCUCACACACACACGCUCUCUAUUACCUCACACACACACGCUCUCUAUUACCUCACACACACGCGCUCUCUAUUACCUCACACACACACACGCGCUCUCUAUUACCUCACACACACACGCUCUCUAUUACCUCACACACACGCGCUCUCUAUUACCUCACACACACACACGCGCUCUCUAUUACCUCACACACACACACGCGCUCUCUAUUACCUCACACACACGCUCUCUAUUACCUCACACACACACGCUCUCUAUUACCUCACACACACUCACGCGCUCUCUAUUACCUCACACACACGCUCUCUAUUACCUCACACACACACGCUCUCUAUUACCUCACACAAACACACGCUCUCUAUUACCUCACACAAACACACGCUCUCUAUUACCUCACACAAACACACGCUCUCUAUUACCUCACACACACACGCUCUCUAUUACCUCACACACACACGCUCUCUAUUACCUCACACACACACGCUCUCUAUUACCUCACACACACACGCUCUCUAUUACCUCACACACACACGCUCUCUAUUACCUCACACACACACGCUCUCUAUUACCUCACACACACACGCUCUCUAUUACCUCACACACACACACGCUCUCUAUUACCUCACUCACACACACGCUCUCUAUUACCUCACUCACACACACGCUCUCUAUUACCUCACACACACGCUCUCUAUUACCUCACACACACACGCUCUCUAUUACCUCACACACACACACGCUCUCUAUUACCUCACACACACACACGCUCUCUAUUACCUCACACACACCACGCUCUCUAUUACCUCACACACACACGCUCUCUAUUACCUCACACACACACACACGCUCUCUAUUACCUCACACACACACACACACACGCUCUCUAUUACCUCACACACACACACACACACGCUCUCUAUUACCUCACACACACACACACCCACGCUCUCUAUUACCUCACACACACACCGCUCUCUAUUACCUCCCACACACGCUCUCUAUUACCUCACUUUGUGUUUGAGUGUCCCCUUAGUCCACUUAUUUUCCUAAGGUAAAUGUGAAAUGUGUUUUGCUUGUAUUUUAACUUGAAUGUUUUAUUGCCCCUUCAAUGCAUUAUCCAUGUACAGAAUGUAUGAGGUUGUCACAUUUUGCUGAGUCAUCACUUGCGAUUUGACUAUAAUGCAAUAUGCAAAUAUGUCUAAAGCAUAUUAGAAAACACUCCACACACCAAAGCAUAUUACACCAGAAUCCCAUUCUGAAUGAUGUCUCUGCACUCAAUAAAAAAAAAAAUAUAUAUAUAUAUAUUCCCCCCCCCCCAGCAAGCGCCCCCCCUCCAGAUAGCCAGCAAGCGCUUUUUUGCCAAUUAUGAAUGUUAUUCAGUGCAUUUCUAUGGGCUAUUUUAGUAAAGGCCAAAUUCAAUAUUUUAUGAAAUUAUAUUUAAAAAAAAAAAAUACCUAAAGGGUUCCUAAAAUUCAAAAUAAAACUUUAUUUUUAGACAUAUUUUUGUUUAAAAGUUGCAUUGUAUAUUUGCACAACACCUUUUGUUUGUGACUCACUACUUAGAUUUAUAUCUAAAUGUUUUAAAUGUAUAUCUCCAUUAAGUAUAACAAUGACUGACGUUCCCCCCGUCUGGCUGGCUGCCUCCGUCUGGCUGGCUGCCUCCCCCCGUCUGGCUGUCUGUCUCCCCCUGUCUGUCUGCCUCCCACUGUCUGUAGUCCUGAACAGUCCCAGCUCAGAGUCUCCAGUACACCACAAACCCAGCACUCCGUCCCGCUUGGCCCUCUUCAUGCGCCAGCAGAGCACUGGGGGAGGUCCCUCGUCCCCCACAGAGACGAUCCCCUCGUCGCCUGGUGCCGGCCCCAACACCCCCCUGUCCCCAGACAGCCCCAUGCACCCCGUCCCAGAGGGGCUGGACUGGGAGUCGGGGUACCUGGAGUACCUCAGGGACGCCCGUAGGGGGGUAGAGCUGUGCUCCUGGGCCUGCCGGAACUGGUCAGCCCCCUACGACGGCGAGGACCCCUCACCCAACACUGCCCCUCUACCGCCCCCCACCUCCAACCCCUCCCUGGCCUUGUUCCCAGAGCACUUCUCAUUCCAGCAGGGAGGAGGAGGUGGAAAUGGAGGAGGUAUUAACUCCCCCGGCCAGCAGAGGGCAGCAGUGGUGGCAGCAGCGCGGUCAGAGUGGAGCAGUACAGAGAGGGACAGUGGAGAGUGGGACGUCACCAUCGGUAAGAACAGCUGUAUCAGCCUCACACCCCGCACCAAGAAACGCAGCCUGCAGAGAGAGGAGGUCCCCCUCCCCAAACCUCUCCUUCUCCCUCCUGAUUCUGCCCCCUCCGCUGACCCCCACCUCCACUCCGCCCCCACCAAGGGCCCUCAGCAGGCCGUCUUCAACGGGACGUCGUUGGGGGGGCAGGGGGACGGGUGUAUGGACAGCCAGGAUGGAGGGAUGAAGGUUAAGAAGGUGAAGAGAGAAUUGGGUGAGCAGCGGCACCCUGCUGGGGGGGACUCUAGUCAGAAUGGGGGCGUGGGUGCCUGCCUUACCCAGGCCCCUACCCCUGCCCAGGGCUUCUACAGUGAAGGGAAUGGGAGUGGGGCUGCGGAAAGCUCCAGAGGUCUUCCACCACAGAAACAGAGUCCCACCCAGCAUCAGCCUGCUCCACUGCCUUCAGAACCCCAUACCAACUCCUCCAACGACAGGCCUACUCCCCACGCUGCGGCACCCGGCCCUGGAUCGGGACCUCCAGAUGCAAUGCUCUCUAACCAGUCAGAAGCAGUGGAGCGGCUGAUCUCUGAGCUCCUGGAUGGGGCUGGGCCGGGGGAGGGGGGGCAGCAGGGGCCCGGGGACUCCAACGGCCAGGGCAUCAGCAUCGAGGCCUUCACCCAGGAGCUCCGGGAGCUGGAGGAGAGGGUGAGGGAGAGGAGCAGAGGGGCGGGGCUUCUCAGACAGCUGGAGGAGACCACCAGAGACCCCCACUCAGAGGAACCACCACCGCCCCCCUCGCCCCUGGACGCUGACCUGAUGGGGAGCGGGGUAGGGGCUGGAGCAGAGCCCAAGGGAGAGGGGUCAGCUGUGGGGAUGUUCAGCCCUGCCAGGCCUCUAGGACAGUCAUCCUCUCAGCCCUACACAGGUGAGAAAGACCACCAGAGAGCUGAAUGGUGUUGUUUGUUAGUCUAUUAGAUGUCGUCUACUGUUCGCUUAUGUGUGUUAAGAUGUCAGUUCUCAGAUAUUGAAUAGGUGUUUGAUGUUGGAGGAUUUUGCUUGAGGUUGGAUGCUGCUCCAUUAUUUUACUUUUGUUGGUUUUAUGUUUUCUUUUUGUUGACUUGCUCUUUUGAUGUUUGACGUUGGAUGGUGUUGCUGCACAGUGCAAAGGAAAUAAUUAUUGACUGUUGCUUCCUUUGAUAUUUAGUGUUGCCUGUUUUUUUUUCUUGUUGGAUCUUGCCUUCCAUUAGUGUGCAUAUGCACCCUUCCUCCCUCCAUUCUCACAUUCUCGCUCCCCUCUCUCUUCCUCGCUCUCCCUCUUUUUCUCUCCCAGGGACUUCAGAUUUAAAUGAGCUGUUAGCUAAAUCUGGUGCAACGUAUCACUUCUCACUUCUGAUAUCUCUCUCCCUCUCUCUGGCUCCCUCUCCCACAGGUCCGUUUAUGGUGGUUCUGUUUGCCAAGCUGGAGAACAUGCUCCAGAACUCUCUGUAUGUGAACAUCCUGCUGACAGGGAUUCUGGGCCAGCUUGCUUGCUACCCUCAGCCCCUGCUCCGAUCCUUCCUCCUCAACACCAACAUGGUGUUCCAGCCCAGCGUCAAAUCUCUCAUACAGGUAGGAAGGAUCACUAUGUUCCCUAACUCUAACCCAGUGUCAAAUCUCUCAUACAGGUAGGAAGGAUCACUAUGUUCCCUAACUCUAACCCAGUGUCAAAUCUCUCAUACAGGUAGGAAGGAUCACUAUGUUCCCUAACUCUAACCCAGUGUCAAUCUCUCAUACCAGGUAGGAAGUGAUCAACUAUGUUUCCCUGAACUCUUAACCCAGUGGUCCAAAUCUCUUCACACUGGUAGGCAACGGAUCCACUAUGGUUCCACUAAACUCUAACCCCAGUGUCCAAAUCUCUCACACUGGUUAGGAGGAUCACUGAUGUUCCCUAACUCUAACACCAGUGUCAAAUCUGCUCACACGUCGUAGGAAGGAUCAAAGUUAAAUAACACAAGGCAAGGCAAACGGGGAAGAGAGAGAGAGAGAUAGAGAGCGAAGAGACGGAGAGAGAGAAGAUCGAGAGAGAACGAAGUUAUAAAGAUCAAGGAGAGACCCUCAAGAGCGCUCUCUCUUUCAUGAUAUAUUCUCAUGCCUCCCUCUCUAUCUCUCUCUCUCUCUCUUCUCUCUCUCCUCGCUCUCUUCUCUCUCUCUCUCCUAUCUCUCUUCUUCUCUCUCUCUCUCUGCCAUGCCUCUUCUCCCUCCCUCAGGUUCUGGGCUCAGUGAAGAACCGCAUCGAGAUGUUUGCUGCGUCCCAUGAGGACUUCCCUGCCAUGCUGAAGAAAGCCCAGCGCUACCUGGCUGCCAGGGGCAAGGUGGACUGGGCCGACUCCUCACCCAUGGGGGUGCCCACCCUGCGACGCUCUGAUUCCCUGGGUGGGUGAGAGGGGAACAUACAGCCUGUAGGAGUCCAUGGGAGUGCUAGAGAGAAUGAAUAAUGCAGAGAGGCUGUGUUGGAGUUGAUUGGGUCAAAUCUGGCCAGCUGUUCUGUUUACAUUUUUUAGUCAUUUUAGCAGACGCUCUUAUCCAGAGCGACUUGCAGUUAGUGAGUGCAUAAAUUUUUCAACCCUGUUCCCAGGGUUACUGAAAGGGACUGGGGACAGGGUAGGCAGCAGGAGAGCUGAUUACGUCUUAUAAAGACACACAUCUCCUCACCAGGGGGAAUCGGGCUCAGACUGGCCUCUGUGUUCUGGCCACACUGUGAAACCAUGUCUGUAUUUGCAUCUGUCAGAAAUGUCUGUAGUGAGGCGUGAUAACGGACCCGGGUUCGAUCCCAGGCUCUGUCGCAGCCGGCCGUGACCGGGAGACCCAUGAGGCGGCGCACAAUUGGCCCAGCGUUUAUAAUAUAAUAAGCCAUUUAGCAGACGCUUUUAUCCAAAGCGACUUACAGUCAUGUGCGCAUACAUUUUUUACGUAUGGGUGGUCCCGGGGAUCGAACCCACUACCCUGGCGUUACAAUAGCCAUGCUCUACCAAUUGAGCUACAGAGGACCAACUGAUCCAACAGAGACAGUGGAUAGGACAGGUAGGUAAACUGUCCGGGUUAGGGGAGGGUUUGGCUGGCCGGCCGGCCGGGAUUUCCUUGUCCCAUCGCACUCUAGCGACUCCUUGUGGCGGGCCGGGCGCCAGUUGGACGUUGUUUCCUCUGAGACAUUGGUGCGGCUGGCUUCCGGGCUAAGCGAGCAGUGUGGCUUGGCAGGGUCGUGUUUCGGAGGACAUAUGGCUCUCGACCUUCGCCUCUCCUGUGUCUGUAGGAGUUGCAGCGAUGGGACAAGACUGUAACUACCAAUCGGCUAUCAUGAAAUUGGGGAGAAAACGGGGUCAAAAUAAAAAUAAUAAUAAAUAAUGUUAUUUACUUAUCUGUUGUGUCAGUCUACCUGUCCUAUCCACCGUCUACCUGUCCUAUCCACUGUCUGUCUGUUGUCAGUCUACCUGUCCUGUCUAUCUGUUGUGUCAGUCUACCUGUCCUAUCCACUGUCUGUCUGUUGUCAGUCUACCUGUCCUGUCUGUCUGUUGUCAGUCUACCUGUCCUAUCCACUGUCUAUCUGUUGGGUCAGUCUACCUGUCCUAUCCUAACCACAUGCUGUGCUGUGUGUCUCUGUCUCUUCUCCAGUGAAGAGCCGGAAACCCUCGCUAGGCGACCUGAUCCUUCGCCACACCAACAGCCCCACGCGGGCACGCCACGCCGCCCAGCUCGCCCUGGCCCACGUACGAGACGGCGGCCAAUCGCUGCACAGCGCCCUGUUCCGGGGCGGGGCAGGGGCGUCGGGGCUGGAGAAGCAGGCGGAGGCUCUGAGGGUGAAGAACGCCGUCUACUGCGCCGUAAUCUUCUCCGAGUUCCUCAAGGAGCUGGCUGCUCUGGCCCAGGAGCACGCCGUCUCCGUGCCCUUCCUCCAGAGCCACGACACUGAGGAGUGACAUUUUUUAAAGGUUGCAACCCAAUUUUCAACCCUCCUCCUCAGAAGAGUGGACUUGCACACACUCCCUGUCAUGGAUUGAAAAGCAUUGGAUUGGUGUAAGCAUUGUCUGGAGGGAGUUCCUUUCCACCUGUUGUUAAAAUAUAUUGUACACGAGGUCUGGGGCCUGUAUCCACAAAGCGUCCUGAGUAGAAGAGCUGUUCUAGCGGCAAUUUUGACUUUUAGAUCAAUAAUGAACAAGAUUGUAUGGCUGAUUCUAGAUCAGUACUCCUGCACCGAGAGGCUUUCACCCUGACCUCAUGGUGCAGCUACCCAUUUACCCCCUUCUGCCUGCAGGGGGCAGAGUGGACCACGGACUGGGCUGAGCGCUGCAGUGAAGAGACGAGAGAGGGAGAGGGGGGGGGGGACACACGGUUCAUUCGGACAAUGAGAAAACAAGAAGGGAAUUUCAGUUUUUGUAUGGAAAAAGUAUAUAUAAAUGUUAUGAUACUGUGCAUAUCAUGUAUAUAAUAUUUAUGUGGAUAUAUAUAUUAUACACACUAAAUGUCAGUAGAUCUGGAGAGUGGUCUGUAGUGUACAUACCAUGCCAUAGCAGGGUGGCAGCAUAGAGCAUUCAUACAUUCGUACAUGGUGCUGAGUCACCUCUUUCCACUCUCCCCUCUCUAGUGAAUGAUGCUCAUCAGACUUUUUCAAAGGAGAACAAGGUUAAAGCUUCCGUCUUUUUUUUAGAAAAUCUGACAAAAAGACCCACAACUUUUGAUUUUCUCCGUUCGGUACAGAAUUUGCAGAGCGCUGAAACUGGUUAGUAAACUCUGCUACUCAGCUCUGACCGUCUCGACUGUAUAGUUGUGAUAUUAUUAUAAUUGUGGACACAACAGGAAGGGAACCGGCCAAUGGGCUCAGCAUCUCAAGAAGACACCUUUUUUGUUUUUAAAUGCGUCACCUCAGCUUGGGAGAUUUAACAGAGGGAGAGAAGGAGAGAUGGGUGGGAGGGAAGAGACGGAGAAGGAGAUGGAGGAGGGAGGGAAGGAGAGAGGAGGAGGAUGGAGGAGGGCGAGGGGGAAGGAGGAGAUGGGGAGGGAGGGAAGGGAGAUGGGGGAGGGAGGAGGGGAAGGAGAGAUGGGGGAGGCGGGACGGGGAACGGAGAGGAUUCGGGGGAGGGAGGGAAGGGAGAGAUGGGGGGAGGGAGGAGAUGGGGAGGGAGGGAAGGAGAGAAGGGGGAGGGAGAGAAUGGGGGGAGGGAGGGAGGGAGGGAAGGAGAGAUGGGGGAGGGAGGGAAGGAGAGAGGGGGGAAGGAGAGAUGGGGGGGAGGGAGGGAAGGAGAGAUGGGGGGGAGGGAGGGAAGGAGAGAUGGGGGGAGGGAGGGAAGGAGAGAUGGGGGGGUGAGGAGGUCUGGAAAAGGGAAGGAGACCGUAGAGAGGAUCCUCCCCCUGUACUGUGUACUGGAAAACAAAAGUGGAUUUUGA